UGCUAGUUUCGGAUAUAGGCUACAAGCAACUGAGGACUUUCCUUUUCUUUUUAACCUUAAAGGAAGACAUUUCGCUUACAGCAGGAGGCCACAAUGAAGUUUGAGAAUGUUCUUGCUGAUAUUAACGGAUUUGGAAGAUUUCAGAAAAUGAUCAUUGUGAUCAGUUUCAUCGGCCGCUUCACUCUGCCUUGCCACUUCAUGCUCAACAAUUUCAUUGCAGCUGUUCCCUCUCAUCACUGUGACAUCAGCUCUCUGGAUAAUGGGGGUAUUUUUAUGAAUUUAUCCCAGACAGAGAGGCUUCUUGUUACUAUUCCAGUUCAGCAGGAUGGGACUCCAAGCUCCUGUCAGAUGUUCCAGGAGCCUCAAUAUCAUCUGCUAUUUAACACUUCCCACAUCACUGAUGCGCAAACAGUGCCGUGCCAGAACGGAUGGGUGUACGAUAACACUACUUUCAAGUCUACUCUGACCUCAGAGUGGGACUUGGUGUGUGAUAGAAGAGGGAAAAACAAAGCAACUGCUACCAUCUUCUUUGUUGGAGUCAUGUUUGGAGCGAUGGCCUUUGGCAGCCUGAGUGACAGGUAUGGCAGAAGGAUCAUGCUGCUGGUAUCAUACGUGUCUGGGAUGGUGUUUGCUGUUGCAAGCGCCUUUUCUACUUCCUACGUGAUGUUCACGGUCCUGAGGUUCCUUACUGGCUUCUGCAUCACAGGCAUCGUCAUCGUUUCAGCAGUCCUCAGUGUGGAGUGGGUGGACAUUGAACACAGGAAGAUUGUGGGAGUGAUCGACAGCUUAUCCUGGACGUUUGGAAAUACAGCGUUUUCACUUAUUGCCUAUUUUGUGAAUGAUUGGAGGAGGCUGAUAAUCAGUGUUACAUUACCUUUAAUCUUGGCCAUCUUCACUUGGAGGUGGAUGCCAGAGUCAGCUAGGUGGCUGAUUGCCAAUGGAAAGCUGGAGCAAGCUCAGAUGUAUCUGAAAAACUGUGCCAACAUGAAUCGGACAGAAGAGUCGAUCCACACACUUGAAACAGAGACACUAUCCACCAUUGUUACGACGGAGAAACGAGAUCGAACCUACUCUUACCUCGACCUGAUUCGGACACCUGAGAUGAGGAAACUGGCCCUGCGUACUGGUAUAUUAUGGUUUUGCGUUGCAACUACAUUUUACGGCAUCAGCUUCAAGAUCACAGGUUUCGGGCUCAACAUCUAUCUCACUCACUUUACCUAUGCAUUAAUUGAACUUCCUGCCAAGCUGGCAGUCCUCUACUUACUGGAAAAGAUAGGCAGGCGACACACUAUGGUGGGAACUUUGCUGUUGGCUGCCAUUUGUCUUGGAAUCAAUAUUGUGAUACCAAAAGAAAUGCCGGUCGCCACGACUGUGGUAGCCAUCAUUGGAAAAGGGUUUUCUUCAGCAUCCUUUGCCACUCUAGUGCUAUACAGCUCUGAGCUGUACCCGACUGUAGUAAGGCAGAAUGGUAUGGGUUACAACUCGUUCAUAGCUCGGUUUGGCGUAGCUGUGGCUCCUAUGAUCCUCUUACUGGAUGAGGUCUGGACGGAGCUGCCACAGGUCAUCUUUUGCUUUGUGGCUGUACUCGGGGGAAUAGUAGCAAGGACCCUUUCAGAGACCCGCAACAGGUGCCUGCCAGAGACCAUAGAAGACAUUGAACAGAAGCAGUAGUAAAGAAUCUCUGACAUGAACUCGUUCGGCCCGUCAGAUAUUCUACAGCCAAAGUGCAGUCUAUUCUGUGAACUCAAGUGCAGUUUACUCUAGAAACUGCAUAACUUUAAAGGAUUUCAAAUAACCAAAUCAAUUAAUUACACUACCACUAAGACUACUACUAUGAUUGCAUAAAGCAGCAGUUUCAUUAAAAUGCGCACAACUUUUACAUUUUUCUG